AUGACCGGCUUCUCCAAAAUACUGCCCGCGGUGCACAAAUUCCGAGCUGCGCUUAACCGGAGGAAGGAGUCCAAGGAUCAAUUACACCAUCGCGAGAAUCCGGGAUCCUCGUCUUCACUAGGCCUCAACAAUGCUGAACUUCCUCUUCCUCCAUCCCCGUGGGGCCUACCAGUCGAGAUCCAAAUCCAAAUAUUUGCAUACUGCGGAACCCCCGAUUUCUACUCCCUGAAACUUGUCUGCAAGGCCUUCAAUGCGCUCUUGUCCUCCAACGAACACGAAAUCGUCCGCCAGUACCUGCGCCAACGCCGUCAUGGUACCCUGCCCUCCCCGAUCGACGACGAGCGAACCUAUACUCGGAACCCGGAGGAUGAUGUCGUGCUCCUGUCGGACCUGUUCCCCCCGUCCAAGAGCGCAAGGGGAGGUCAUCUCUACACCUUCAGAUAUCUCCAUGGCCUACGGUCAAGGCAGAAGCAAUGCUCAAUGCUAUGCUACUACCUCGCAGACCGGGUUAUGGAGCGAUUUAUCCAGACAGAGCCCAUCUUCCUCCGAUCCUCCUUUCCCACAAGAAAGGCUGAGCGAACCGCUCUAGUGAAGAGAGGCAAGGCAAGCCUAUGGUUCCACCUUGCACCGCUCAUGUACUACGCAUUAUACUUCCUUCAAUCCUACGCCUCUGCGAGGCGUGAACAUACCAACAUGCUCCUCCGCGAACACGAAGCCGGUCGGCUCUCGGUCCCGAUCCCGAUCGAAACGCGCCGAAGGAUGUAUCGCGACUUGCAAACCCGAAUCCUCCAAGCACCCCCUUUCAGUAACACCGCCGCACUGGUUGCGACACAUCACUGCAUGCACUUGCUAGUCUCAUAUAUCCGAUACACGAUGGCCCCGGAGGCAGAAACGGACGAUUCGUGGAUCAGCUCUCUCCUCACCGUAUCGCCCUUUACUCGGAUUGUCGAGUACUUUUCCGCCGAGAUAGGCGAUGGCGGUAACCAGCGCAUGCAGCGGAAAGAUUUCAUGUAUAAUUUCUACCGCGACAUGACGGCCUAUGAGAAAGAUCGCAUGAAUUCAGUGAUCUUUGGUCGAGCGUCGGAACGCAAUGCGCAUGGUUCUGUGCGGGAUUUGUGGUUUGAUGCUGCGUCUAGAGAAUUGACAUCUCGACAGGCUAUGCCACAUGAUGUAGAGAUUGGUUGGACUUGGAACGGGAUUCCAAUUUUUGAUGGAGCAAGCUUCACGGUGGCAACUAUUCAAUACCUCCUGGGCACUCCACCGCCUCUCCCCCUCCACCAUGGCAAAGACUUUGAAACCAUCCUCAACAACGAAGCCGCCUUGAAAGCCUACGCUACGCGACUACGCGACCAGCUCACAGGCGACGUCCUGGCAGGCCUCCAUGCCGCCGCCAGCAUAGCCGAAGAUGAUGCGCUAUCAAAAACAGGCGCGCUCAGGGACUGCCGCUGGGAGUUCUUCGCGACGGGACCGUCGCAGGGUAACGCGCGGCCCAGGGCCUCGUUCCCGGGUAUUCUGGUGACGCUGGAGUACGAGAAUAUCACCUACAAAGCCGCUCUGGUGGCCGAGGUAGGCUCGAAUACGCAGCCGCGGAAAGGGGUUACAGCUUUGCCGCUCCUGUUGACUAAAUUCCCCAACGCGCUGCGCCAAACAUUCAUCUCGUUUCUGCUGUCCAAUUUCGAUACGUACUGCUCGAAUCUCAGGCUUUCUUCGAACUUUUUAUGUGCGGCGCUGGAAUCUUUUGUCGGCGGGUUGCCUAACUCGGAUGUUGAAGAUGUCGUCAAGGAGUUACAGCUUACGCUGUCAUUCUCACCAUCCAUCGCGCCGUCAUUGCGAAAUCUCAACGUCGGCAUUCCCCGUGCGGCGCUGGUUUCUUUCCUUCAAGCUGAUGCGGGGAAACCAAAAGGGCAGAGUGUAUCCCGAGCUCCGUUGAUCGGGAAUCUGACUGCUUAUCUGGAGACACAUCUGGCCAUGAAGCUGGAUCUGGAUGGUUCACAGCAGAACAAGAUCGCCAGACAGCAUGUACGGCUGUCGAAGGCUGCGUGUGCUGCUUUUGUGCUGGGAGGCGAAGGGCGUAUGAAGCUCAUUCUGGAUGCUAGACGAGCUGGACAGGGCGAGGAUGAACACGAAGAUGGGGAUGGGGAGGACCAAGAACUUCCUGCUUUGCGGACGAGUGAGACGUUGCUUCGUGCUGUCAUUCGGAGGGCUGUUAUUGGGGAUCAAGUGACUACGUGA